AUGGCCGAGGAUAACCAAAAUUCACCCGAAGAACUGAUGAGCCACUUCCUAAACCCUAAUUUCUCGCAUCCGACUACGAGUAUUAGAAGGCCUCAAAUCCCAGCGAACAACUUCGAAAUAAAAUCCUCCUUCCUAAAUUUAAUUCAAAGUAAUCUAUUUGAAGGAGACCCGAUCGAAGACCCAAACGGUCAUAUUUCUAAAUUCUUACAGUUGUGUAACCUCAUUAAAGCUAAUGGGGUACCUGCUGAAUCAAUCCGACAGAUGUUUUUUCCUUUCUCCUUAAAAGUAAGAGAACUUAAUUGGUUGGAAUUGCAACAUGCUGAUAGCAUCUCCACGUGGGAAGAAUUAGUUGAAAAAUUUCAAAAGAAGUUUUUCCCACUAUCCCAAUUCUUCGAGCUGAAAGAACAGAUUAACAAUUUCAAGCAGCUCGAAGGCGAAUCCCUGUGCGUGGGAUGGGGAAGAUUUAAAGAACUAAUCAUGAGAUGUUCGCAAUACAUUUUAUCGAAUGGCGAGAAGGUCCGAAUCUUUUACAAAGGAGUUACGUCAACAUAUAAAUUACUCCUUAAUGCCGCAGCUGGAGGUAGUAUUGGAGAAAUUACUCCAACUAAAGCUAUUGAGUUAAUUAAAAAGAUGGCAUCUGAAGAUAAUGAGGUCACACCAAUGCAACCUAAGAAAGGAGUUAUGCAGUUAGAAGGGUACGACGCUUUGUUAGCCAAACAAGACAAGAUGGAUCAAAGGCUGGAUUCACUUGUUAAACUCUUUACCCAAAAUCAAAUCUCUGCGGUUAACUCUCAAUUCCAUGUGGUAUGCGACACUUGUGGCGGACCUUAUAAUGCCGAUAAAUGUGAGGCUAUGGUUACUAUAAACCCAGCUCAGGUGAAUUCUCUUUGGUACGACCAACGUAGGGAGAACAAUCCUUACAGAAACACUUAUAAUCUUGGCUGGAGAAACCAUUCUGAACUUUCAUAUAAUCAAGGAGGACCACAACAAGCUAAUCUGGGAAUUCAACCAGAGCAAUCUAGUCAAAAGGCAGCUUGGGAAAUUGCAUUCGAAAAGAUGUCUCAAGCUCAAACAAGUUUUGUGGAAGAAACCCGAGUAUCUCUCAAAAAUCAAGAAUCAUAUAUUAAAAAUCUGGAAAUUCAGAUUGGUCAGCUUGCCAAACAGAUGGCUGAGAGGCCUCCAGGAACCUUUCCUAGUAAUACAAUUACUAAUCCCAAGCAACAAUGCAAUGCCAUCACUACAAGGAGUGGAAUAGUAAUUCAACCUGUGGAGAAACCAAUAGCUACACCAAGUAAUGAAAAAGAUGCAGAGAAGGAAAAUCCUGCUAAAGAGAAAGCUGACGAUCCUGUCGAUAGAGAUGUCACAAUUUUUGGAGGACCAUUAAAUGAUACCCCAUGUAAGAAAGUAAUAAAGAAGCUUUCUUUAGAGGAAAUGACGAAAUCACUUGGAGACAAUCCUUAUGUUAAGGCUCUUUAUCCUCAGAGAUUAUAG